AUGCACUUUAUUGAUUCGCCUGAUAUAUGCAAUGGAAAGGAACAGAUUGACCCUGGUUUAGGAGAGGGAUAUUACUCUCUAAAACAAUUGAAAGAAGAACUUUUGAAGAAUAUAAAUGAUGUUAAAUUACAGUGUAAGGUUACUUAUGAAAAAGAGCUGUAUAAUGUCCAGGAUGCGAGAGAGACCGGCAAGCGAGUACUACACGAAUUCGAACAGAGAGGUACAAGCAUGCAAUACGCGGUCAGCGUCGUGAACAUCUGCCUCGCGUUGUUGCUUCUCCGCAUUCUGUUUGCCGCUCAGAGUUACCACGACCUGUAUCUCACAAGUAUCACAUACGACAACCUGUACAUCACUACAUAUUUUAAGCAAAUUGAUCAAAGACGGAAGUUGAAGAAUAAAUAUACGUUGCUACCAUUGAAAAAGAUGGAACGCAACAAAUACAUAGAUGUCCACUCUUUUGCGUACAAAUCGUCGCAGCGUAGCAAGCUGGUUACACCAAUCCUCAAGGUGAUGCUGGAAGUGGUCACAGCGACUACCUUCAUCAUGUUAGACCGUCUGUUUUUCGAAGCUUUAGACGUCGUGCGAAAGCACGCAAGCAGUGAAAUGACACAACAAGGAACAAGGGAUUUAGAAAUUGAAGUAGAAGGUAAUGGUACAGUCGCUACAAUGAUCCGAAACCUGCUAAGCAGCUUGAACACGACGCGUUAUCUUAGUACAGUUACGAACAAACCUUGUUUGCCGCAACCCAGUGCAAUGCCCACUAUCUUCUUUGUCAAGAUCUACUGUGGAUUAAUAUGUAGUUACUUCUACCCACGCCGAGAGAAGCAGCGAAUACUGCAUUUGUAUAACGAUAUUCUUAAAAAACGAAUGAAAAUGCAGAAAACACUCAGAAGAAAGGCUUUGCAGGCGGUACGCGCACAUUACUUGUCCGGAGAAAAUUUGCGUAGUUUGAGAAUGAGGUUCCCUAGACUUCUUGGCUGGCUUACAGUGUUGCCAGCUGCUAGGAUGCCUUGCCUUAUUUGUGGGGAAACUGAACCUAGAAAUAUGACGACUACAAGUUCGUGGCGCCGGUGUAACUCUGCGACGUGCGGCUUCGCGUGGUGCGGCGAGUGUUGGAGCGAGGCGGGCGCGCGCUGCCUCGCCUGCGACCCUGCACUCACGCGCCUCAGUGACCUCGACUCGCUCAGCGACGACCAGCCAACGGCCUACUGA